GAAAAACCUAGGAAAAUCUCGGUACAUUAUGAACUGGUCUGUGGCUCUGUGAUCUGGGUCUCAUCACUCCAAGAGCCACAGCAAUCCUGGUCAAUCGAAACAUGAACAACGGCGAGCAAAGACGCUUAAAUGGAGAGGCAGAGGAAGACGAAGACGAAGACGAUGCAAACAAUGGAGGCCUCGCUGCUUGGGAACGAGCCUACGCUGAUGAGAGGUCAUGGGAGUCACUGCAAGAGGACGAGUCUGGGCUUCUUCAGCCCAUUGACAACCAGAGCCUUAAACAUGCUCAGUACCGUCGUCGCCUUCGUGCUGCCUCCACUGCUCGAAUUCAAAAGGGUCUUAUUCGUUAUCUUUACGUUGUUAUCGACCUCUCUAAGGCUGCUGCGGAAAUGGAUUUUCGACCAAGCCGAAUGGGUGUGGUUGCAAAACAUGUUGAGGCUUUCAUUAGAGAGUUUUUUUACCAGAAUCCGCUUAGUCAAGUUGGCCUGGUGACUAUAAAAGACGGUGUUGCUCAUUGCUUAACCGAUCUUGGUGGCAGUCCCAAUUCUCAUGUUCAAGCUUUGAUGGGUAAGCUGGAAUGCUCAGGUGACUCGUCCCUACAGAACGCAUUGGAUCUUGUACAUGGGUAUCUGGAACAGAUUCCAUCAUAUGGUCAUAGAGAAGUUCUGAUCUUAUAUUCAGCUCUCAGUACCUGUGAUCCAGGAGAUAUAAUGGAAACUAUCCAGAAAUGUAAGCAAUCCAAAAUUAGGUGCUCAGUUAUUGGUCUCUCAGCAGAAAUUUUCAUAUGCAAACAUCUAUGCCAGGAAACUGGUGGCUUGUACUAUAUUGCAUUGGAUGAGCCACACUUAAGAGAGUUAAUCUUGGAACAUGCACCUCCACCACCAGCAAUAGCAGAAUUUGCAAUUGCUAAUUUGAUAAAGAUGGGCUUCCCACAAAGAGCGGCAGAGGGCUCUGUGGCAAUUUGUUCAUGUCACAAGGAGGCAAAGGUCGGAGGUGGUUACACUUGUCCAAGGUGCAAGGCACGUGUAUGUGACCUACCUACUGAAUGUCGCAUUUGUGGGUUGACGCUCAUUUCUUCUCCUCAUUUGGCAAGGUCUUAUCAUCAUCUUUUCCCCAUCGUGCCAUUUGAUGAGGUCUCUCCAUCACUACUAAUUGAUCAACAAAACAAGUUUCCUAGAGCUUGUUUUGGCUGCCAACAAAGUCUUCUCAAUCCCGGAAACAAACCCAGCCUUCGUGUUGCUUGUCCAAAAUGCAAACAGCACUUCUGCCUUGAUUGUGACAUUUAUAUUCAUGAAAGCUUGCAUAACUGCCCAGGUUGUGAGAGCGCUAGGCAUUCCAAGAUACCAAAUGCUAACAAAGGAUGAAGUACUGCUGCCUCCACAUAUGUGGUUGUCUCUCAUGACUGUUUGUACUUCCCGAACUUAUGACCUGGCUACUGCCACAUGUGGCGGUGUUCAAUCGGAGCUGCUGGGUGUCUCUGAUGUUCUUCAUCAAGCCUUACAAAAGAAAACACAGUAAUCGAGGGUACAUUGAUGAACCCAAGUUUCCAAAUUGCCAUAAACGAUAGUUUAAGAAACCGAGGAAUUUUUUUCCUUGUUCGUUGCCGAUACCAUUGCAGCUGAGGAUUUGUUAGUCAUAACUUCAUAGAGGAGAGGUUCGCAUUUGAAAAUGCAGAUAUGUUAGCCUUAGUACCGUGAAUUUGGAUAGAUCUGUUGUCUUGAUACAAGUUUUGCUCCGUUUGCUUUGGUUUUGCUUGGAAUUGAAUGACAUCUUUUGCUCUGUU